ACUUGUGAAAACGGAACAAAAUGUCAGGUCGUGGAAAAGGAGGAAAGUCCCGUGCAAAGGGCAAAUCCCGUUCAGCUAGAGCAGGUCUGCAGUUCCCUGUCGGCCGUGUUCACCGCUUUCUUCGCAAAGGCAACUACGCCGAGCGUGUUGGUGCUGGCGCUCCGGUCUACAUGGCCGCCGUGCUCGAGUACCUGAGCGCUGAGAUCCUCGAGUUGGCCGGCAACGCUGCCCGCGACAACAAGAAGACCAGGAUCAUCCCCCGUCACUUGCAGUUGGCUGUCAGGAACGACGAGGAGUUGAAUAAGUUGCUCGGCGGUGUGACCAUCGCUCAGGGCGGCGUACUACCCAACAUCCAGGCCGUGCUGUUGCCCAAGCGAUCGGAGAAGAAAUCCAAGUAGACACAUACAGAAAUCAAACACAAAACGGCUCUUUUAAGAGCCACCAAAUCUAACAAGUGAUGGUUUCAUGCUUCGAAAAUAAUUAAUUUAAUAGUAAGGAUGCGAUGGAUAUCAAUAAAUGUACGACAAAACAAACAAUAAAAAAUGUUCACCUCUGG